AUGUUAGAAAGCUAUGAAUAUUCCUUCGAAACCGGAACCCGCUUAAUAGACCAAAGACGGGGUAUUCUUACUCUUAUUCCAAAGAAGGAUAAAGAUAGAACACUCUUGUCGAACUGGCGUCCCAAAUUAUUAGCCAAAGUUAUUACGGAAAGAAUGAAAUUACUUCUUCCAGAGCUUAUAGCUCCGUACCAAACGGGAUAUGUGGCUGGUAGAUACAUUGGUGAAAAUCUACGACUCAUUGCUGAUAUUAUAUUGUUAACUACUUUAAAGAAUUAUCCAGGGCUUAUAUUACUGGUCGACUUCAAAAAGGCGUUUGAUACGCAAGAAUGGAAAUUUAUUCAAAAAGCAUUGGUUGGUUUUAAUUUUGGUAGCAAUAUCCGUAAAUGGGUUUUAACUUUAUACUCAAAUAUAUCUAGUCUUGUCGUUAAUAAUGGAUUUAGUUCUAGUCCAUUCACAAUUGAGAGAGGUGUUCGACAAGGGUGUCCUUUGACUCCUCUUUAA